GCCACCCCACAUCCGCCGCUCCGCCUCGAUGCCACCUCCCGGGGUGGCCGGGGGCACCCACAACCGUCGCCUUUAACGGGACCGGUGUCCCCAGGUGUCCCAACUGAAGGGUGGCUCCACCUCGUCCCUCCCCUCGGCGCCUUCCUGCCUUCCUUGUGCUUGUCACUGGGGAUUAGCAGAGGGACAGCCCAGGGCUUGGGGACAGGGACAGGGACACCCGCCACCUCGCCUGGAUGUAGGAGGCCACGGCCGGCCAGGGAGGACCGAGGGCGGCAUCCUCCAUCCCUGCGGUGGGCGAGGACGGGGACCCCCCGGUGCCCCGCCAGCCCUUGGGGGCACCAUGAAGGACCGGCUGGAGCAGCUCAAGGCGAAACAGGACGCGGACGAUGACACCGAGGAGCUGGAGAUCGCCGUCGACAACACGGCGUUCAUGGAUGAAUUCUUCUCGGAGAUCGAGGAGACCCGGCAAAACAUCGACAAGAUCUCGGAGAACGUGGAGGAGGCCAAGAAGCUCUACAGCAUCAUCCUCUCGGCCCCCAUCCCUGAGCAGAAGACCAAAGACGACCUGGAGCAGCUGACGGCAGAGAUCAAGAAAAUGGCCAACAGCGUCCGCAACAAGCUGAAGAGCAUGGAGAGGAACAUCGAGCAGGACGAGGCACGGUCCUCCGCCGACCUCCGGAUACGCAAGUCUCAGCACUCGGUCCUGUCCCGCAAGUUCGUUGACGUCAUGACCAAGUACAACGAGGCGCAGGUCGACUUCCGGGAGCGCAGCAAGGGCCGGAUCCAGCGCCAGCUCGAGAUCACCGGCAAGAACACGACGGACGAGGAGCUGGAGGAGAUGCUGGAGAGCGGGAACCCCUCCAUCUUCACCUCGGGGAUCAUGGACUCGCAGAUCUCGAAGCAGGCGCUGAGCGAGAUCGAGGGGCGGCACAAGGACAUCGUGCGGCUGGAGAGCAGCAUCAAGGAGCUCCACGACAUGUUCGUCGACAUUGCCAUGCUGGUGGAGAACCAGGGUGGGCUGCUGGAUAACGUGGAGCAAUACGUGAUGCACACGGCUGAGCACGUGGAGCAGGCGAACCAGCAGACCAAGAAGGCACUCCAGUACCAGGGCCAGGCGCGCAAGAUGAUUCCAACUCUCCCAGUAGUGAAGUCUCCCAGCAGGACCCUCCCCGGCACCCUCCUCUCCCUGCUUCUCCUGGACCUGCUGCCCUCAGCCCCGGCACACCGGCUCCUGCCCUGGGCUCCGGCAUGGCACCGCUGCCUCUGCCUCCACGGAGGGACUCCGACGCCGGAGCGUUCUCCCCCACCAGACCAUCCCCUGCGGCCCUCGCUGUCCUGCCAGUCCCUGGAGUCUUCCCCUCUUGUCCUCAUGUCCCCUGCGGAAAGGGGACAGGACUCAACUAUUUAUUUUCCCUUUGCUGAUAAAUCAACUCCUCCUGGUCCCCCAUCUCUUGCCGGGGGGAGCGAGGAGGCUGGGGGCUAUGCUGGCACCGUGGGGAUGUUCCAGCCGGUGCCACGGCCCCAGCGAGAGGAGACGAGGUGCCUCGCUCUGGGCAGGCGAGGGCUGGACCCUCACCCGCACGGGCGUCCUGGGAGGACGAGGGACGGGGAUACGGUCAGGACAGGGGGUUUGGUGGCACCAGCAGCUGCCGGCAGGUCUGGCCACGCUUUGCUGUCCACCGUGCCGCGGCAGACGGAGCUGCCGGGGACUCUGUCCCCUCUUGGCCUUGAUGUCUGCGGUUGGUAGGUCCCCCGAUGCCGACUGGCCCGGUGUUGCGGGGAGCUGGGGCUGGAGGACGCGGCGGUCACCAUUAUUUAAUUCCCGUUAAAAUAAAGAUCCCUGCUGACGCCCACCCUGCGCCUCUCCUCUCUGUGCGCAAUGCGAUGCCGGGCCCACUGCGGGGACAAGCGGGGUGCUGGCACCCCCAGAAACCCCAAGCAGUGGGGGGCUGCCCCUGGGCUGAGCAUGGCUCCAGCUCAGCUCGCGGUGGCCGUGGCAUCACGGCUGGGCUAGUGGCUUUGGCUGAGGACCCGGGGUCUGGGACCGGCCCCCGUUUUCAGGUGCUGCAGUGACGCAGCCCCUUGGGGCGAAGAUGUGACAGGGGAGUGUGGGGCUGGGGACACCCCCAAGCCCCACAGGCUCUGCCAGGCCGGGCCCAAACCCUCUUCCCCCCGCGGUUUUGGGUAAGUCACGGCGAUGGGGACACGUCCCCACUGCGUGCUGGCGCUUGGCCGCCUGUCCCAGGGGGACACCGGCACAGCCGCGUCCCGGUGCUACACACAACCAGCUCACACCUACCCCGCUGCCUCCCCAGCCUCUGUCCCUGUCCCUUGUCCCCCCCUCCCCAACCCCGUGCCACCCGCGGCCCUGCCUCACCGCCCCU